AUGUCCUUUGUUCAAAUAAAAAUAGAAUAUGAUUACUAUUCGAGCAAACGUAUAACGCCAAUCUUUUUAAACGAAGAAGAUAAAAUUUCCAUGAAAUAUAAUGAUUUUAAAACCAGGAUUUUGAAUGACGUUCCACAUUUAUCCAAGAUAGCGUCGUUGCGAUUAACAAUCCAAGAAGAUGGUCUCGAAGUAGAUUUGUCCCCGACAUAUUUCUCCCAUCAAAUUAAAGGUAUAUUAGCAAAGUCAAAAACAAUAAGCAUUAAAGCCAUUGAGUUUGACUCUCCAAUCGUGAACGCCGUCGACUGUGAAAUAAGUACUCAAAAAUCCACCACACAGUCAAGAAAACCAACAGUACGGUCCAAAGUAAGAAGAUCCUUGAAUUUAUUCCCAACAGCAGAAAAUCCUCCGGAGUCGAUUAACAGUAAAAGUGUGACAAUCAAUGACAUGCCAAAGAGCUUGCCGAUAGCAUCGCAGCUUGAACGAUAUGCGAUAAAACAAAGGAAUACUGUUCGUGAUAUCGAAAGUGAAUUAGAACAAAAGCGAAGUAAUUUGAUACGUUUUGACGAUAGAUUGAAACGCGCCUCGGAACAAAAUGCAGGUCAUCUGUCUGUCUGCAGCAAUUGCCAGUUAAAACUGGGGCAUACAAAGAAAAUUUGUUCAUUGAGCCCAUGUCAAUCUGCGUACUCUUGCGGCUUUUUGUCGAAACACAGCAGCGAGAAAUCAGUACGAACCGCACUGGAUAGGGAAGUGUCACGCAUACAAAAUAAGCUGACGACGGCCAAAAAGGAAAUGGAAAACGCAGGGCGGGCUGCAGCAAAAGUUACUAAUUCUGCAUAA